GAUGUUCGGGCAAAAACUUUUUGGUUUCAAGAAUAAGACCACCAAAGGAAAAGCUACACGUAGACAAGAUCCAAUCAUGGAAAUGGAGCAAGAAAUUGUGGAAGCCGGAAGUUCAACUGUAGAAGCCGCAAGUUUAACUGAACCUGCGUGA